AUGAAUCUAAACACUUUACUAGACGCGUCUAUGGCCUUCGACGCAAUUCUGAACCGAUUGCACAGUGCCAUAUCUUUUGGUGACUCUAUCCUCGCCCACCGCGUUACCCGUCAUCAGAAUUCAAAGCUCACCAAGCUUCUCACUGAGCUUAUCGCGGUGUACCGCUCCCACAACCUCAAACAUCGCAUUCUUAACCUCAAACGGGACCUUGUGAAACAAGACCCCGCCUUCUUUUCCUCCGCCGAUAAAUCGCAAUUAGAGACCCUAAUGCGGCACGACGCUCUCAAUUUCUCCAAGCCUGCUAACGUGCUGCACAUAUUGUUGAAUACCCUUAACUCUAACAAGUCGCAAGAAGAGAAGAGCGCAGAGCUGAAAACGGUGUUGCAGAGGGUGGAUGGGUUCCGGGAUGCUGCAGAGAGGGCUCGUGCGAUCGUGGAUAAGCUGAAGAAUAUCGCUGGCAAGUAUAUCACUAAAGAGAAUCAUCACGGGUGUCGACCAUCGACCAAAGGCGAGGUAGAGUCGUUCAGGAAGAAAUAUAUUCGUGUUUUCGGCACCGUGCAUGUCCCGGAUAAGUUAGAGGCUUCUAAACCCCGCAAGGAGACGACUUUAGAGCGGAAAGACAAUUGCUCCGGUGACAAUUGCGUACCACAGAAGUCCACUAAGGAUAAAAGGUCGAAUCCGAGUGCAAAUCAUAAGAAGUCAUGUCUACCUGAACCGAAGAGGGAUCCAAAGGCGACUCCAGAGGCUUGUGAUGAUAAAAAGACACAUUGCCAUACCAAGCCUGGGGAAAAGAACGUAGCUAAGGGCACUCGAGUGAAAGCUAAGCCAGAAUUUACGGUAUUCAUCAGCUUCUGUGACCUCGACAAAAACACCAUAGCCAUCCCACUUCAUGCCAGAUUGACCAAGAAAGGCAUCUCCAGUUUUUGCGGCAAGCAGUCGUUGAUUCCUGGAGAAGACGUUCGUGAAGCAAGGAAUCGCGCACUGAGGUCAGCAGCAAUCUUCGUUUUCAUCUUGUCACCAGAAUUUGCGUUUCGGGAAACAAACCAGGAGGAUUUGUCAUAUGCCCUCAAACGUUCGAAAUAUGCAAAGAAGAGCAAGACCGCAGGGCCGAUCUUACUACCAGUUUACCAUCGGAUGACAACUGAAGAGGCAAACAAAGAACUGUUCGACCUCCAAGCUCCCAGGAACCAAUAUUCCACAAACAGCCACCGUUCUGCUUCUGCUGCUUCAAUUGUAACCGUUUGCCGGAAAGAAGGUUUCCAAGAGAGAGUUGAGAGAGGAGAAGCAAAGUUCGCUGAUGUACGAAAAUUAUUCGAGGAACUGGACGGAAUCGCAGAUGUUGGGCCCGGCAUGAAUUCGUCAAACGCAAAACAUCCAGAGGCGACAAAAAAUCGAGAAGAGGUAUUGAGCCUCACAGAGAAGGCCGUGAAAAGUGCCAUGCAUCGGUUAAACAACCAGUAAGCCAUCUUUUUUGCCGCAACCCCGUAGUCUUUCAUCUCCAAGCACAACAUCAGGAAUGGCCAACAAAGUGCUAGGGUUUUCGUAGUUUUCACAACAAGUUUCUCUUAUUCGCCUUCUCACAACGUUGCCAUCACAGCAUUUCACCAUGGAUCACCGUACCGUAAAUCUAUUUCCAAUUUUCUCUCACUGACUGUUUAUGGGGCAGAGAGUGUGUGUGCAUCUUUUGAA